CUUGACUGAGCUUUGCAGUGAUGAGAUAAUUGAGCAUGAUAAAUAACUAUGUGAGCACAGCUGACUUUUAACCGUUCCCAAAGAAGAAGAUUGAGUUGAAGGAAGUCGAACCCGCUGUCAGAUAACUACAACAAGACAGCACAGAAGCACCGCUGUUCUGCCAGUCAUAGCAGAUGUGAAUAGAGAAGAAUUCCAGCCCUUCUUCCGCAAAGAAAUAAUAAUAAUAAUAAAUGCAAGAGAAUCAUACGAAAUGGCAGUCUUUAAAGCCGGCCAGGGAGCGAGAUGGAGCUCCAGCUCGUCGCCUGUGAGCCUGAGAGCCUGUGAUUGUCUAAAUAUAGCCCCCCGCGAGAUUGGCAUCGUCCAGAAGUGCUAAUAAUAAUAUUUUUCUCCUGAGAGGAUCGCGACGCCAGCGCUUGGUCACGCUAAGCCCAGCCAGCGUAUGAGCUGAGACGCAUCCCACGAGCCAAGGAGCAGACUACUGCGACCAGCCCCGCUGGCCCAAGCCGCUCAGCAGUUGCGAACCGCGGACAGCUGCCAGAGUGCCAAUGAUGCCUCGUCGGAUAUGACAAGAGGGCAGUGCGGCUUUGGCGGGCAUCCUUCCUUGUAAGCCCUCGUAUCUAUUUAACGUCGCGCUGGCGUUCCUUCUUUAAGGCUUGGAUCUCCCCCCCUCAGCCUCUCUCUCACCCUCCGCCGCGUCGAUUUAAUACGCCGACAUAUUUUCUUUUUUUGCUCAGAUUUAUUAUUCUCUCUUUUUCUCUUUUUUCCUUCUUCCUCUCCUGUAUCAUUAUUUGCUCAGCGCAUUCCCUUUGAGAAAAAAGGAGCCUCUCGUUGGAAAAAAAGUUCCGCAUCAAUAAUCGUGGUAACCUCUCUAUACCCGUUCUCUACGUUUUUCGUCCAAUAAGAGGCAUAUAUAUAUAGACGGAAGGGUUCCGUGAAAACAAAAUGAAGACCACGGGCUUUCUGCUCGCCUCGUGGGCAGCCGUUGCUUCGGCAAAGUUUUUCCAGAUCGAAGUGAACACCGUCCCAGACAAGCAAGUCAAUCUCGUUGCCCAACUGGAUCGGCUUGAGCGAACACACCGCUCCGUAACUAGCGGACUCGGCGCUUCGGUCGAAGAGCCAGGCGUCUACUGUCAAGCAUACUCGGACCCCAAUGGCCGUGAUGAGCUAGGAGAGCCAUUCUGGAGGGGCAAGAGCGUCGUUUUCUCACAGGAGGCGGGUGAAGUUGUGCCCAUCGGCUCGUUUAUGUGCAAGGACACGGUCGAGAAGUUGAGGGACGAUGGUGUAGACGACGAUGAUGACGACGACGAUGAUGACGACGACGAUGACCUCGACCUCGACGAUAAGGAUAAGGGAGGUGACCUGGACGGUGAUCUACAGGACGACGACGACGAUGAUGAUGAAUACCUCCAGGGGGACGACGAUGGUGAUUUCCAAGGGGACGAUGGCGAUGGUGGUGAUACUUUAAAGGGCGACGACGACGACGACGAGUACAUCCAGGGGGACGAGGACGAUGAUGAUUUGGAAUAUGAUGGGGCGGACUACGAUGAUGACGACGAUGCCGGAAAGGAUGAAGGAGCUGGCCUGAAUCGCCUCAAGGGCGAUGAUGAUGAUGACGACGAUGACGAUGAUUUCCAGACCGAAGGUAGUGGCGGGGACGAGAGAAUUGAGUUGAAGGACGGAGAAUACGACGAAGACGGUGAUUUGGCCAGCGGCGGCGACGACGAUUUUGAAGCUGGUCUGGAUGAUGGCGACGACGAUUUCGACGCUGGCCUAGAUGACGGCGACGACGACGAUCAAGAUGAUCCGUUUUUGGACGAGCUAGACAAGAAGAGGAUGUAAAGCUCGGAUCUGAAGUGGUCGAAGCCGUCGUCACUAGGGCUGAAGGCGUUUCCAUUUCCUCUGUUAGCUGCCAACUGUUCGCGGACGCCGAGGGCAAGGAGAAACUGGGCAGCCCUUUCUCGAUCUUGGACGUAAGGUUCGGGAGGGAUGCCGUGCCGGUGAUGGCGAUCAAGUGCGAUGUCAAGGGGUAAAUAAUAUAAUGGUUGCGCAGUUUGUGGAGGAAGGAAGAAAGGGGAGUGCCUGAAGCUGGCAUAUUUGGAUGAUAAGACAAAUAUGGAGGCGGCGGCAGCUAGAUGCAAAUGUUUUUUUUCUUUUCUUUCCUCCUGCUUUUCUUUGUCCAAAUCAUUAUUCCCAUUCCUCCUACUUAUAUAUAUCCGUUUGGUUAUUCCUAUCCAUUUUUGUUUGCACCUUUUGUGUGUAUUGAGGGCCAGCCCCGUUGUCUACUGGCUUUUCAUUUUGUUGUUUUCUCGAUAGAGAUACGAUACCAUCCCGUAUAUACUGCCACCUGUACCACAUAUUCUCAUUAUAUUUACAAGCCGUUUAAAGCUCAUUUAUCUAUAAUAAUUAUUUCCUCUGACUAUCAAAUUUUUGUAAAUAGUGAACCUUGAAAGAGACAGUAUAUCUCCAUUCCAAACCAAGCCGACAACGCAAGAAUUCUGCAGCGUCAACUCGUUCCCUCCGCGGCGCAGCAAUUAUUCAUCACACAACACGCCAAUGCGCCUGUAGACAUCGAAAGGGGGCGGCUUGGACUGUUCACGAGAAAACCACCCCGGGAUGAAUACGGGGUCGCAAUGCAACGCGGGUGCCAGCCCCGAGGUGGUCCCCGUAUUUGGUGGGGAGCGAGGGAAAAGGAGAAGGGCUCGGCUUGCCCUUGCAUUCGUUUCGAACAGCGGGGCGAGAGAGGGAGAGAGAGAGCAUAUCAUAUCCCAGGCCACGGAGAAGAUCAAUUUGGAUCAGGUUGAACGGGUUGAGUCCCAAGAUUAAGAUUGUGCAGAAGGCAGCGUGGGCAGUGUUCGUUUCUUUGUGGUGGUUCUGCAGCUUGGCCAAACGGUGCAGUCGGCUGGCAUCAUCCCACUGUACUUAAUAUUUAUGUACGAGAAAACGAGAAAACGAGAAAACGAGCCAUUAGGUCCCGCUUUUCA